UUCACUGCUCUUUUUUUUUUUUUGGCCCUAACUAGUCGUAGUGUACGUGUGUGAUCUUUCCUUGGCAGGGAACCUGCAGGAGCGGCUAUAAGAGGAGUGGUUUCCGCUUGACUUGCAGGACGCGGGAAGACAAGAAGAUACCAUGGGAGAAGACGAGCAAAGGAAUGGACAUGGUAGGAAGGAGGGGAUGAAGAACAAGUACGCCGUAGCUUUCUCCAUCAUUGGCUCCAUCAUCUCCAUCCUCAUGGGCUACGACACGGGUGUGAUGAGCGGUGCCAUGCUGUUCAUCAAGGAGGACCUCAAGACCAACGACACGCAGGUGCAGGUCCUCGCCGGUAUCCUCAACCUCUGCGCCCUCGUCGGCUCCCUCACCGCCGGCCGAGUCUCCGACUGGGUCGGCCGCCGCCGCACCAUCUCGCUUGCGGCCCUCAUCUUCCUCGCCGGCUCCGUGCUCAUGGGCCUCGCGCCCAACUUCGCCACGCUCCUGGCGGGCCGCUGCGUUGCCGGCGUCGGCGUCGGCUACGCGCUCAUGAUCGCGCCCGUCUACGCGGCCGAGAUCGCCUCUGCCGAGAUCCGCGGCUCGCUCACCUCGCUCCCCGAGAUCUGCAUCAGCUUCGGCAUCCUCAUCGGCUACGUGGCAAACUACCUGCUCGCGAAGCUGCCGCUGGUCUACGGCUGGCGCACCAUGCUGGGGCUCGGCGCGAUCCCGAGCGUCGCCCUCGCCGUCGGCGUGCUCGCGAUGCCUGAGUCUCCACGAUGGCUCGUCAUGCAGGGACGCGCUGAGGAGGCGCUCGCCGUGCUUCGGCACGUGUGCGAUUCGGCUGGCGAUGCCGACGCGCGACUCGCAGAGAUCAAGACCGCGGCUGGGCUGACCGAUGAAGCCGCCACUGCGGGCGUGCCCGCUCCGGGCAACGGCGGCAAGGGCGUCUGGAAGGAGCUGUUCCUGCACCCGACGCCGCCCGUCCAACGCAUACUCGUCGCGGCCUUUGGCGUCCACUUCUUCCAGCACCUGACAGGUAUCGAGGCCGUGGUGCUCUACAGCCCGCGCAUCUUCAAAGCCGCCGGCAUCGCUACCCGCAACGAGGUCCUCGCGGCGACCAUCGGCGUGGGCGUGACCAAGACGGUGUUCAUCAUGACGGCCAUCCUGCUCGUGGACCGCGUCGGCCGGCGGCCGCUCUACCUCUCCAGCCUUGCCGGCAUCAUCGCGUCCUUGGCCUGCCUCGGAUUCGGCCUCACCGUCAUCGAGCGCUCGGCGCAGCACCAAAGACCGACGUGGGCGGUGGCUCUGGCCAUCGCCACGGUGUUCACCUUCAUAGCGUCCUUCUCCGUGGGCGUGGGGCCCAUCACCUGGGCGUACAGCUCGGAGGUGUACCCGCUCCGGCUGCGCGCGCAGAGCGCCAGCGUGGGCGUGGCCAUCAACCGCGUGAUGAACGCGGCCGUGUCCAUGACGUUCGUGACCCUGUACAAGGCGGUGACCAUCGGCGGCGCCUUCUUCCUGUUCGCGGGGCUGGCCGUGCUGGCGGCCGCGUUCUUCUACUUCCUCUGCCCUGAGACGCAGGGCCGGCCACUGGAGGAGAUCGAGGAGGUGUUCAGCCGCGGGUGGCGCGCGCGCCGUCGGUCAUCGGUGGAGCUGCCGGUGUCGAACGUCCAGGACUGCAACGGCAAGGCACGGCCUUGAAGCAUGCCAAAGUCCAUCAUUGCUAUCUUGCAUACGAUUGCAUGAGAACAUUGGUCACUUUGGAGGGACAUAAAGAAGACAUCGAGACGACUCACUGUUCACGGUUCAAACUAUGAUAUCCAUGUACAGAGAGACGUCGGACUAUUAGUGUGGACGUAUCGUGUGGUUGAGAAGUAAGGUGUCGAAAUGACAUCCGUUGAUUUGCUUCUAGUGCUGAAGCACCUUGGAAA